UGCUCUGAAGAAUAAAAGCCUGCAUUCAAGUGUUGGCAUUGGAUUAAACAUUGAAAGCAUCCUUUAGCCCCUUGCUUUGCUUUCUCUGGCAGGAAUUUAUCCAGAAGUUUCACCUUUGCUGCAGGCCCAGAUUCAUUCUAUAAGAAUAUCAGAGAGAAGAAACUGCCCUGUGGCUAACAAGGGAACUGGCAUCCAAAGGAUGACUGAAUGUGACUCCAGCCUCUUCCACAGACUUCCUCUGUUUUCAGGGAAGUCAUUAAACCCCUCUGUCUGUUGGAGUCCCAUCUGCAAGAGUUUAAGAAACAUGCCCAGGACAAUGGCUCCCUGAGGACUGUGUCUCUGUGAAGGGUUGUUAUGUCCCUCCAUGUCUGAAUGUCUGCCUGCCUCACUGGUUUUGGUUGGUGGCCUUUCAGUGUAGUCUUCCGGAGAGAGGAAGGGUUUUCUCUGCUGCUUCUUGGGCAGGGAGAUGAGUAAAAAGAAGCCAAAUCCAAGGGAGAGCAUGUGUCUGGCUAGCUGUCUGCAUUGCAUACCCUGGCAGGACAAGGCUCCUGUCUGCUGGAGAGUGGCUGCAUCUGCAAGUCUUUGCUGCCUUGGUCGCCUUGCUGGGAUCUGUUUUCAGUUGCUGCUGAGACAAACUCACCAAUCAAAUUAUUGUUUUUCAAGUCCAAGGCAGCAAGGUUUCCUGUAAGUACAGUUGUACAUUGCAUUUGCAUGAGUCGCUUUUUUGGUUGUCUCAAAACCUCCAUAAACAGAAUUCUGUCAUUAGUUUUACUCUUCUAUUCAAUGGUAAUUUUUACAUUGUGCCUAUCCAGCAUAAGCCAGGGAGUGAUGAUGUGCUGAAGUACAUUCAAAGUGCAGGCAGAUCCCUUGCUUUGCUCUGAGAUGAACCCAAUGUCGAGCACUGAUCCUUUUGCUGGGUUGGGAUAUGUGCUGGGUAAUUGUCCUUCCUCAGUAAGAAAUCCAAAUUCUGGGGUCUUGUGAGUUGGAUCUGCUUGAGUGCCAGUAUUGCUGUAGGAAAGUAAUUUUUAAGGGUGCUUUUUUCACUCAUGCUCUGAGUUUGUGAAGGGUUGUUUCUGUGCAAUCUCCAGUGAUAUGGUACCCAACCCUGAUGAAAGAUUUAACCUUUGGACUUCCCUCCCCUUUGCCAGGAUGUAGAGCCUGGCAGUCUUCAGCAAAUCCCAGGGCUCGGUGGUGACAUGUUGAACAAAAAGGUGUGCCCAGACAUCUUACAGGUCACACUCCCCAGGCUUGGUUGCAAUCCUGGAGCUCUGACAACCACUGCAGAUCCAAGCCAGUGGACAUCUGUGCAUGUCUCUCUGUUGAUGUGUCUCUGUCAGCCUUCAUGCUAGCGAGUGCCUCCGUGUCGUUUUCCAGCCCGUCCUGCAGCAAGCCUUUCUGUGAGCACUAUGAAUGCAAAAACCAGCUCUGCAGGUGAGGAAGAAGCCUCAGGAAUGAGGAAUGAUACCCUGGGAGAGGCCAAAAGGCAGCGAGUGAUCCGUGUUGCCUACGUGGUUGCGGCCCUGGACCUGACCUUUCUCUUCAUGCAGAUAGGAGUCAUGCCUUACUUGGCAAAGAGCCUAGGUUUGGAUUCAGUGGGGUUUGGCUAUCUCCAGACCACCUUUGGUGUCCUCCAGCUCGUGGGAGGUUACAUUUUUGGAAGGUUUGCAGACCAGUUUGGUGCCCGAGCAGCUUUAAUUCUCUCCUGUGCAUCUGGAAGCAUCUUCUUCCUGCUUAUGUCCCUCUCCACCAACAUCCCCCUCCUCUUCCUCUCCAGGGUGCCAGGAGUGUUCAUGCAUGGGAUACCAGGUGCUCAGAAGGUUAUUACAGAUAUGACCACUCCUUCCCAACGUGCUGGUGCUUUGGGGAAGCUGGGCUUUUGCUUUGGAGUGGGCAUCAUUUCUGGCUCUGCCGUGGGAGGUGUUCUGUCCACCAAAUUCGGUGUUUAUGUUCCUGCAUAUGUUGGGCUGGUGGGAAGUCUCAUCAACACCCUGAUAGCAGUGAUUUGGAUCCCUUCUCAGUCUACACCAAAGUCAGACCAUCACAUGACAGAGCACAGCACAUCACAGUCUGGCAGCUUGUUUAGCAUCAGAGAAAUCCUGCGCCUGAUGAAGUUUCCGGGAGUAAUGGAAGUUUUCAUAGUCAAGGUCUUUGCUGGACUUCCCAUAGGUUUGUUCAUGAUUAUGUUUUCCAUCAUCUCUAUGGAUUUCUUUGGCUUGGAAGCAGUGGAGUCUGGAUAUCUGAUGUCAUAUUUUGGUGUCCUUCAAAUGGUUGUCCAGGGUUUGGUGGUUGGGAAACUCGCUAGUCGCUGCUCGGAGAUGACCCUGCUCAGACUCAGCGUCUUCGUCUUUGCCGGCGUGGGCCUAGGCAUGGCCCUGAUGAGGACGGUGUGGCACUACUGCAUCCUUGCAGCGCCGCUGGUGUUUGCCUUCAGCAUGCUGGCCACCAUCACUGACAGCAUCCUCACCAAGGCUGUGCCCUCCUCCGACACUGGUGCCAUGCUUGGGAUCUGUGCCUCAGUGCAGCCCUUCACCCGGACGGUGGGUCCAACCAUUGGUGGAGUUUUAUAUAAACAAUUUGGAGUCUCCUCCUUCGGCUAUUUACAGCUAAUGGUCAAUUUAGGUUUGUUUGUUUACCUCUUGAAGAGUAAAAUCCCACUGGAAGAGAUGAAAAGCCAAUAAUACAGUUGCAAGAAAGUAACCCCCUUAUUUUUCCCAUAGAAAUAAAUUCUUGAGGGUUUUUUUGGUUCUGUAAAUCUAGAAUAAAACAAUUUGAACAAUC